CAAGUAGAGCGAAAGAAAGUAUUAAAAAGACGUUCACGUUUCUUCCUCCUCACACCAGCAUAAUAAGAAGAAGAAGAAGAAGAAUUGAAGAAAGCAAGCAGGAAACAUAGAGAUUCUUUCUUGUCCUUUCAGUGAGGUUUUUGGGUUUAGCGAAUCGAUUGAUUUAGAAGGAUGACGAGUUCUGCCGAGUGUUGGGAAUCCUCCGGUGAGAGGAAGAAGGUGCUUGAGAAGAAGCCGAGCUUCUCGCAGACAUGUAGUCGAUUGAGUCGUUAUCUCAAGGAGAAGGGUAGCUUCGGAGAUCUCAGCUUAGGGUUGACAUGCAACCCCGACCUCCAUGGAGCUUUUGGUGUGUCACGUGAGCCCACGAUGAUGAAUCUCUUCCCUUCUACGGCUGCUCAAGACGUUAAACCACCGAAGAGUGAUGUGAUUCCUCGGCAAUCAAGCUUUUCUUCUUCCUCUUCCCCUGGAGGAGCCAAGGAAGAAGUCGAUAAGAUCAUGGAUACUAAAUCUGUGAACGUGGAGUCUCUAUCUGCGCCAUUGACCAUAUUCUACGGCGGUCAAGUUAUGGUGUUUGAUGAUUUUCCUGCUGAGAAAGCCAAGCAAGUCAUUGACUUGGCUCACAAAGCAAGUGCUAAAAGCUUCACAUCUGAACUGAACAGUAGCCAGAUUGCUUAUACUCAAAACAUUGCCAGUAAUCAUAAAGAGUUUGCUUCCACUACCCCAAAUCCAGUUUCUAUUCAUGUGAAAACGGCUGCACCAGAGCCAAUCCAAGCCAACAAAUCCUCUUUAGCUUGCGGUAACGAACUCCCAAUUGCUAGAAGAGCUUCACUUCAUCGAUUCCUUGAGAAGAGAAAGGAUAGGAUUUCAUCAAAGGCACCGUACCAGAUAGACGGUUCUACCGAAGCAUCUUCCAAGCCUAACGCACCUUGGCUCGGUUCCCAGUAAUCUCUUUGAGUUGUGACUCCUCCUUUUGAUGAUGCUCCCAUCGUUUACUAUAAUAUCAAGAAGCUCUACUGAUUCCACUCCUAGGAGUUUUGUUGUCUGUUCAAUGCGCCAGAAAAAAAAACUCAGUAUAUCUGUACGAAACUAAUCCUUAUAGUUUUGCUACUUUUUUGGGUUUAAAUCCAUUGUGUUAUAGACCUUUUCCUCUGCUGUUUUCAGCAUUUGCUUGCAACUUUUGUAAGAAACAUCAGUUUCUUAUUUAUUUAUUUUUGGUUGUUGUUGUUGACGACCUUAAUAUCAGGUUACUUUAUUUA